ACAUAGAGACCCAACGCCAGCAGCAGCAGCAGGCAUGGAGGAGGGGGCCACUCCCGACCCAGAGUUUGUGGACGUGGACCAGGGCAUGACGCUGGCCUGUGUGGCCUUCCUCUGCCUUCUCCUGGUGGCCAUGAUCAUCCGCUGUGCCCGGGUCAUCAUGGACCCCUACAGCGCUAUACCCACCUCCACCUGGGAAGAGCAGCACCUGGAUGACUAGCGGGGAACAAGCUGUGCUGUUACACAUAUAGCCACACCUGUGAGGGUGCAGACGCACAGGCACGUAGGGACAUCCACAUGAACGCAAGCGUGGGUAAACACGCAUACGCACAAAAGAAAGGAGACGA